UUAAGCCCCGCCCCUGGACGAAAUGCCGAGAUUUUAGGGAGUCCAGACAGCUCGGAGCUAAAGCUAAAAACAGUUUGAUAAAAAUGUCGAAACACCAAACGCUGAGAGCUUUAGUGACUGAGCGGCUGACUGCGGCUGCGGAAGAGAUAUUUGCGCUGUUUGAACGAACGAUAGCGGACUAUGAGGAGGAACUGUGCCGCUCCAAAGAGGAGAACCAGAGGAACCAGGAGAGUCUGGACUCGGUGCUGAGCCCCAGACUCGAGCUGCUCAGGUCGGAGGUUCAGAUCCUCUCCGUGGAGUCUCUGGAGUGUCCUGGUUCAGAUCGGGACACUCCACGGAUUAAAGAGGAGCCAGAGGAGCAGAGCGUCAAACAGGAGAAGGACACGCUCACAGCUCAGCUCCCAGUGGGCGUUGCAGAGUCCAGUUCUGUGUGUCUGAAGUCAGGAGAGUCCUCACUGCUUCAACAAAGACAAACUGAGGCCAGAGAGGAAACACAGGGAGAGGACAUCAGCACAGAGCCACAUUUACACACAGAGAUCGAAGGACACACGGAGUACUCCUCUGACACUGACAAUGAUGAAGACUGGACAGAUCCAUUCAGCUGUUCAGCUGCACAGAUGGAGACAGAGGCUGAUGGAGAUCACUACAACCAAGUCCAGAAAGCCCAAACACUAAGAGCUUUGGUGAAUGAGCAGCUGACUAUGGCUGCUGAAGAGAUGGGUCUGAACCAGGACACUCCACAGACUCCAUGGAUUAAAGAGGAGCCAGAGGAGCAGAGCGUCAAACAGAAGGAAGAACAGAUGUCAUACAACAUGGAUGAAGUUUCUGACAUCACAGACUGUGAAAAAGCAGACUAUGUUCCAGAUUCAGAUGGCAAUUCUGCUGAUGGAGUCUUUCAUGGUGAAGAACUUGAAAUCAUGGAUGAUCAGCUGCAAAAAUUAAAGCAACUUUCAAUAAAGAAUGUGACAUCAUGUAGUAUGGAGACAUACACUGGCUACAGGGAGACCGACACCUUCUGUUAUUAUAGUACGGCACAAAACUCUGUUUAUAAUUCUUCAGAGCACAGCGCAGUAAGGUCCUCCACAGACAUGGUCACAAAUGUUUCAUCAGUUCCAGUAACUGCAAAAAUGGGCAAGUACAAGAAAAGGCAAUACUGUCUUUUUUGUCAAAAGCCUAUUUACAAAAUAGCAAGACAUCUUGGAACUGUCCACAGAGACGAGCAGGAUGUGGCAUUGGCCUUUAGCUUCAGGAAGGGCUCCAAGAAAAGAAAAGAGAUGUUGCGUUCUCUUAAGAACAGAGGAAAUUUUUCCCACAAUGCCAUAGUGGCAUCCUCUGGGAUUGGAGAGUUGGUUGCUUGUAGACGUCCAGGUGCAUCUCAACCACCUCAAGCCUUUGUACACUGUAUGUUUUGUCAAGGACUUUAUGCAAGAAAAGGUCUGUGGAGACAUAUGAAAUACAGCCACAAGGAGUCUGUCCAGGGUGAGUCUGGAGCCAGGCGGAAAAGGAUCCAUAUGCAUUUAUCAAAGUCAGCUUUCAGUCCUCAAGAUGAAGUGGAUAUCUCUGAGGAUGAUUACGGUGAAGGAGUUAGUACUGACCAACAUCAGAUCGAAGAUCCCAAAUCACAAGACAACAUAGCACUUCCAAAGGACACAUCUGAAGCAAACCCAGAGCACAGCAUUUCCGAGAAAGUUGGGAGAAGAAAGAGACGGAAUUGGACGCAUUGUGAAGUUACCGCGGUGGAGCAGCAUAUGAUGGACUUCAUCACACAUGGUCAAGUACCUGGUAAAAGGAGCUGUGACUCCUGCCUCCAAUCUGAACCCCAAGCACUGAAGGACAGAGACUGGAUUGACAUAAAAAACUAUGUCCACAAUCGGAUCAACGCAUUAAAGAAGAAACCAAAAAAAUAGAACCGUAAGGAUUUGUUCUCACUACUUCAGUAGAUGACACCGCCCUGUUAUGGAGAUCAGCUGGAGUUUUUUUUCAGUAUUUAUAACCAUGACCAGUUUGUACGGUACAUCACAAAUAUUUCUUGUACUUGUCUGGUGUCAUGUGAAAAUAAGUGUUCCAAAGUGGAGAGAUUACUUGAACAACUUUAUUUCAGUAUUUCCUGAAAAGUCGCCCAUGGGUUUUACAUUAAUGCUGAGUUUCAUGGGUGCUGUUAAAGGUAGAUAGAGGCUAACGCAGAAUAUAGAACAUAAAGCAUAACUAUAUUGGGCAGGGCACAAGCAUUUUCUAUAAUAAAAUGUCGGUUCAGUUUCCAUUCACAUUUCUUCAUGCUCAUAUCAUAGUUACAGCUGCAGACAAGAUGUGCCCCACUAUUUAUGUCCAUAUAGUUUUGAAGUUUAAUGGUAGAUUUUUGUUUCUCAGUGAGAUUGUUCGUUGUAACAAAAUUCUUAUUUACAGUCAGAGCACAAAAAAUAAUUUGUAUCAACAUUGAUUUAAAAUUGUAUCCAUGUUUUUACAUGCUCUAAAAUAAGUCCAAACCAUCUCUGAGGCAUUUUGAAAGCAAAGAUAACAAUUUAAACCAAACUCACCAAUGCACUGAUAUUUAUCCCCGUUUAAAGCUAUACUGUGGCAUCUGUCAUUGUUUUGUGUCCUCUGUUAGAAACAGCUGAAUUCAACACUUCCACAUACUGUUGUGCAUGUGUGUAUGAUUUGUGCACAUUGUUAUCCUCACAGCAUAAUUGCCCCUCUGUGUUUAAGCAGGUAAAACCCAGUAAAGUGCCUACAUUGGUAAUGUCUGCUCCACGUUAGUGUUUUGAACAUGGAGAUGAUGGUGAAACCUCUUUUACAGUUUGUUGGUGUUGUGGCUUGUUACUGUAUGUCAUAUGCACAUGUCACCUUAAAAAAAACACCUGUUACUUAAUCUGUUGUGUGUUUGUUGAGCCAUCAGCAUCUGUAAGUUGUAUUGCACAUGUGUACAUAUUAUGCUGAGGCAUAAUGUUAAAAUGUAAAAAAUAUUUUCCAGUUGCUGAUGUUCAGGUUAUUCACGUUUGUUUGACAACAGUUGGUAAAUGUAAUACUUUUUUUUAGUAAAACAAAAGUAAACACUU